UGAUCAUAUGAAGAUGAAUCAUUUAUGACACUGAUAAUGAAAUGCUCUGGCAUAUAUGCAGACAUCAGUGGAUCAAUGAGAAAAUGCUGAUCAUCCUUUAUUUACUGCUGAAGCUAAAAGUGGGAUAUUGCACAGAUAACCUGAAAUUUGAAACAAAAACUGUUGCUGUUGGAGAGGAUGUGACUCUGGAGUGUUCCCGUCCCACAUCUGACUACGGUGCAACUUUAUUUUGGAUCAGACUUGUUUCUGGAAGCUGGCCUGAAUUUCUGGGAGGAACAUAUGUCUUUGAUUACGAUGGUGUUAACAAGACUCCUCACAUAACAGCAGAACAAAAGCCUGGAACUUAUAUACUGCAGAUUAAUGGAGCUAAGCUAAGUGAUACUGGUCUUUACUACUGUAUAAAAACAAAUCAACUUCAGCUGACAUUUUCUAAAGGGACUUUCCUCAGAAUUAAAGGACCAGAACCAGAUAUCACUGCUGUCAUUCAGGAGCCUCAGUCUGAUCUAGUCCAUCCUAGAGAUCCAGUGACUUUUCAGUGUUCGGUCCUCUUUGACACUGAGAAGAAAAUUUGUUCAGCAGAUCACAGUGUGUUCUGGUUCAGAGCUGGAUUAAAAGAAUCUCAUCCCAGUGUGAUUUAUGUUCAUGGAGACGGUGGUAAUAAAUGCUGGAGAACUCCUGAGGCAAACUCUGCACAGAAAUGUGUCUACAGCUUCUCCAGGGACGCCACCUCCACUGAUGCUGGGACUUACUACUGUGCUGUGGCUACAUGUGGACAGAUUUUAUUUGGAAAUGGCACAAAAUUGGACAUAAAAGCUAAUGUGUGGGAUAUGCAGCCGGGCAAAGCAGUCUUCAUACUGCUAAGUGUUGCUUUGACUGCUAGUUUUGUCAUCAUAGCCUUCCUCAUUUGUACCAUUAAGAAGAAAACUCACGUUUGUUCAGAGGAUACGGUAACAGCCCAUGAUGAUCAGCAGAGUCAGCAGAGAGAUGAGGCCUCAGUGAUUUAUUCUGCACCGGCCUUCACCAGAGCCGGGAGAAGGAAGAUAGACACAUCCGAAGCAAUCUAUACACUUGUCAGUGCAACUGGAAAUGAUUAACAAGGAAACUUAUUAAUCAUUAAUGUCAUUAUUUUACCAAUAAUUGUCGCUUUUGUUUUGUUUUGUUUUUUGUUAAAUGCACAGUGAAGGACGUCUUUGGGCUUGUUCGUUAUUGUAAGUGAACAAUAUUUCAUAAACUGGUAUAGCCUGCAUGAAACUGCUACAUGUUUAACAUUAUUUUUCCGUCAUGUUUAGUUGCUGUCAUAAACAUUUUUCUUGCUGUUACUUAUGAAAUUAAGUUAAUAUUUUUGCAGUUAUUUUGAGUGAAAUCUCACUGAUAACCCUCAGCAGUGCACAUCUCAUACACUGUAUUAUUUCCUUUAUUGUAGCAUUUUUGUUUUACAUUUGUUAGAAUGUUAACUUCUGAUAUUGUUUCAUUGUAAAACAAUUAUACUGCUCCUUUAAAAUGUAAUUUAAAAAAUACUAUACACAUUUACU